AUGAACGGAGUCGUAGAAGCAGCCAACAAGAAUAUCAAGAGGAUAUUGAGGAAAAUGACAAACAAUUACAAAGGUAGGCAUGAGAAAUUGCCUUAUGCUUUACUGGGAUACCGUACUACGGCUAGAACUUCAGCGGAAGCAACCCCAUACCUGCUGGUCUAUAGUACUGAAGCGGUUAUACCCGCCGAGGUCGAGAUACCUUACUUAAGGAUCAUUAAAGAAGCAGAAUUGGAUAAUGUCGAAUGGGUCCAGGCUCGAUAUGAGCAAUUGGCUCUAAUUGAUGAGAAAAGAAUGGUUACUUACCAAGAUGAAUACAAUGGGAAAUUCGCUCCCAACUGGCGAAGCCCUUAUGUGGUCCGCAAAGUCCUCUCCAGAGGAGCAGUAGUACUGAAAAAAAUGGAUGGACAAGAGUGGCCAAAGCCAAUCAAUUCAGAUGCAAUCAAGCGCUACUAUGCAUGA